GCAACACUCAAACCUGAAGAUCGUUAUGCAUGUACAGCGAGUAUUAAAGCCAGUGAGGAGAAGAGUGACGAUGUUUACCCUGAAUGUACAGUGGCUGUGUCUAAACCACACCUGUAAUGGAACAUCUGUCAUGCUGAGGUGUGACGGGGGAAACCCUGUGAAUGUGAACAUGACGUGGAGUCGUAACGGAAACAAACUGCCAGGACAGACUAACUGUAAGUCGCUCUGGAUAAGAGCGUCUGCAUAAUGACAAAAAAUGUUUAAAAAAUGACAGACAGAUGCAACUUUGACCGUAACCAAGGCAACGCUCAAACCUGAAGACCGUUAUGCAUGUACAGCGAGUAUUAAAGCCAGUGAGGAGAAGAGUGACGAUGUUUACCCUGAAUGUACAGUGCUCUUGUUUGGGAUGGAGCUAUGGCAGAUAGUGUUGAUUCUGUCUGGCGGAGGUGGUCCGCUCCUCAUCAUCACCAUCAUCACCUUGGUGUGGGUCUGCAGGAGUCGCCUAGAAGAGGAGGAGGAGAUGAGACUGGCCCCCCUCACCCAGCCCACACGCCAAGCAUCCCUCCACCACCAACAAAGGGCCCAAAGCCGACCCCGGCCCCAGAACAGAGCUGCGUCUCAGGCCACACCAAACUUCGGACCUCAGGUUUGACCCAGGCCUCCACAGCAAGCACCAGAUGAUGCUCAGAUUCAGCUCAUACCAAUGCCCAGGCGGGGCCAGGGUGCUUGUAGAGGUGCAGUCUGGCCCUCUGUAUCGUGUGAUUGGCUACCCUAUCUCCAUCUCCUGCAACGUGAGUGGCUUCUCUAACCCGUUGGCCCAUCAGGACUUCAGAUUCUCCAUCUACAAGCCAAACAAACCCACCCUUGAGAUCCGGAUCAUCAGCACAGAUGACAAAAGUUAUGCCAUGGCGGUGUACGGUACCCGCGUCAGGGAAAGUGGCAUCUCUCUGGAGCGCCUUUCAGUGACCUCGGUCCUCUUCCACGUGAAGAGUCUGGAGGAGGGGGACGAGGGCGAGUACGAGUGCUACACCCCAAACUCAGAAGCCGUAUAUGACGGGACGUACAAUGCAAAGAUCACAUUGAAGGUGAUCAAGGACACCCUUACCACCUCCUCCACUGGCCCCGUCUCCUUUAGCCUAUCAGAGGGUGACGACCUAACCCUGCAAUGUCUCGCCUCCAGCAACACCUUCCAGCACACCCACCUGUCCAUCACCUGGUAUCACCAUGGAGACGGGGAGGCCUCGCCCCGCCCCAUCAUCUCUCUGGACCGUGAUUUGACGGUGAGUCCGGGUCAGGGGUUUGAGGGUCGGUACCAGGCAGGGCUCAUUGUUCUGGACAAGCUGGAGGAGGCCACCUACAGGCUGAAGAUGGCCAGGAUUGAGCUGUCCGAUGCGGGGAGGAUCUACUGCCAGGCCCAGGAGUGGAUCCAAGACCCAGACCGGAGCUGGUACCCAAUCGCCCAAAAAGACGCACAGGCAACCACAUUGGAGGUCAAAGCCAUAGUGGUGGCUCCAGACCAGGGCUCUGGUUCUAUGGUGGUGAGUAUGACUGUGCACAAAACACAGCUCCAGGAGGGGGAGGAGCUAUCCUUGCAGUGCAUUGUGGACGCAAAGGGCCCGGUGGGUCGGUUCUUCUCAGUGGCCUGGGUCAAGGACAACCAGGAGCUGGCCCAGAUUGGGCCCACGGGGGUCCUGUCUGUGGGGCCGGAGUACAGUGGGCGAAAGAGAGGGGGUGAGCUGAGAGCUGUGCGGACGGGGGAGAAGACACACCUGCUCACCCUGCGGCCCGUCAGAACCCAGGACCAGGGAGCGUACCACUGCAGGGCCUGGCCACAGGAGAGGGAUGGGAAUGGGGUCUUCACACAGGGAUCCAGCCAGGAGUCCACCACCGAGACUAUCACCAUCACAGCUACAGAAAGUGAUUUGGCUGUUGCCAUGGAGAGCCAACAGGUGAGUGUUGACGAAGGGGACACGCUACAACUCACCUGUAGAGUGAGCGGAGUCAACGGUCAGCUCUCCAUCACCUGGCAACACAGAUCAGCCUCAAUGGCAACCGGCCCCUUCAGUGAUGUUAUCAGCCUGAGCCGGGUGGGUGUGCUAGAACCGGGGCCAGAGUUUGGGAAGCGGAAUCUUCGUACACUCCGUCCCACAGCAGACACAUUCACCCUGGAGCUGGGUGAGGUCACGCCCUCUGAUGCAGGAGCCUAUCAGUGCACCGUCUCUGAGUGGACCACGGAAGCCAAUGGCAACGCCAAGAAAACCCACAGCCAAACACAGAACUGCAGCGUAGAGGUCCAUCCCGUGGAGUCUCUGCUGAAGGUGGACCUGAGUAGUCGUGGUGUCCAGGUGACAGAGGGGGGUGAGGUGGAGCUGGUGUGUCGGGUUCGAGGGCCCUCCCUCCCGGUUACUGUAACGUGGAGCCUGCAGCGUGAGGGGCCGUCUGCCCCGGACAACAUCCUGACCCUGUCGUACACUGGUGACAUCACGUGGCGUGGCGACCAGAGUAACUACCAGUUGAGGGCGACCACCGGGAAGAGGGAUGUUCGUUACUACCUCCGUAUCAUCAAAGCGAGCCACAGGGAGGCGGGGCGCUACCAGUGUGUGAUCUCAGCGUUUCUGCAAGGGAGACACAGGAAGCUGCAGAACUCCAACCCGCUGGGUGUGCUGGUCCAGACUCCAGAGAGUGUACUCACCUUGUCCUCUAGCUCCUCCCGUCUGGAUCAGAGUGUCAACACAGACAUACAGAUGGAAUGCUCCGUUGCCAAAGCAACCUCUAACUCAUCCCGCUUCGCUGUCAGCUGGUUGGCCCAGAAGAACGGGGAGGGGAAUAAGACAGUCCUCAGCUCAGACCGUGAUGCUGUGAUAACGCUAGGGGUGGGAUUAGACACACAACAGCGAAUCAGCAUGAGAAGACGUGAGGGGCGGAGCUUCGAGCUGACCAUUCGACAGGCCCGUAGCUGGGACAAUGGGACGUACUACUGCGUGGUGGAGGAGUGGCUACAGGAUCCUCACGGCCAAUGGUACAAGCUCCCGCCCUCUUCUGCAGCCAUGGAACUCCGCCUACAAGAGACAGUGAGUGACCUCAGUGUUAACAAAACAGAUCUGGAGAUGGAGGUCAGACAGGGGGCGGGGGUGGAGCUGACUUGCACUUUGACCUCUGGUGCUUCUGACCCCGCCUCUCUCUACGCCCUCACCUGGUUCUACAUGAGGCGUGGCUCUUCCUCCUCUCCCAGGGUUCCCCUGGUGAUUCUGGGCCGUGAUGGUGUCCUGAUGUACCCUGAGAACCAGGACAACCAGGGGCUACAGGACCAGAAGGGGAGGCUGAUAUUCUCCAGACCCACUCAUGGUACCUUUCUGCUGGGUCUGCAGAGAGCUCUUCAGGGUGACAGUGGAGUCUACCAGUGCCAAGUGGACCAGUACAAGCUCAGUCAUGACGGCAACUGGGAACAGACCGCUUCAGACCAAUCAGGCACAGCUGACCUCACUGUAAAACCAAUAGUGAGUGACCUCAGUGUUAACAAGACAGAUCUGGAGAUGGAGGUCAGACAAGGGGAGGGGGUGGAGCUGACUUGCACUUUGACCUCUGGUGCUUCUGACCCCGUCUCUCUCUACGCCCUCACCUGGUUCUACAUGAGGCGUGGCUCUUCCUCCUCUCCCAGGGUUCCCCUGGUGAUUCUGGGCCGUGAUGGUGUCCUGAUGUACCCUGAGAACCAGGACAACCAGGGGCUACAGGACCAGAAGGGGAGGCUGAUAUUCUCCAGACCCACUCAUGGUACCUUUCUGCUGGGUCUGCAGAGAGCUAUUCAGGGUGACAGUGGAGUCUACCAGUGCCAAGUGGACCAGUACAAGCUCAAUCAUGACGGCAACUGGGAAUUUAGUGCCACCGAGCAAUCAGGAACAACCAACCUCACUGUACGACGACCAAUAGAAGAUGAGUCUGAGUUGCUGUCUGAUCUAGGAUGCGCCCCUGGAUCAGUUCUAGGCAUCUUCCUCCCUCUUGUCUGUAUCCUGGCGAUUCUCGUCAUGGUGCUGUCAAUCAAGCUGAUGCGGCGGGGCUUAGCGGGAAACAAGAAACAGGCAGACUCUCUGUGGGCGGAGGAAAACCCACUGAAGCCACGCCCAGAAGACUGAGCACAGAGGAGAGGAGAGAAGGGAAACAGAGAGAGGAUGAGUAGAUAGGAGGAAGAGUACAUAAGUGAGGAGAAGACAUGAAGGGAGAAAAGGAGAAGAUGUGGGAUGGAGAGGGAUGAUAAGAGUGGGAAGGGGGGAUAAGUGAGAGAACAGGAAAGGAGAUAGGGGGAGAGGGCAGAAUGAGCGCUUUUUAAAAUGUUCAUGUGAUUGAUUUUUGGUUCCAAGCAUGCUUUUUACUUGUUUAAACAAUAAUACAUUGUAGAAUAAUAGU